AUGCCUGAACUUAGUGAAUUCGAAAAGCAAAGACAAGAGAAUAUCCAAAGAAACAAGGAAUUAUUAAAGAAAUUGAACCUUGAUCUGAUAUCUCAAUCAAUUGCUGAUGAGAUUCCAAAAGAUAAACCCAAAGCCAAAAGAAGGAAGCCAUCACCUAAAGUCAAACAAGAAGUUGAACCUCAAAGAAGAUCAAGAAGAAUAGCUGGUGUGAAGACUGAAAAUACUGAAGAGUUCAAAAAAGCUCAAGAAGAAGCUGAAGAAAGAGAUAGACAAAAGAAAGAACUAGAAAAGCUAAGAUCAACGCGUCUUUAUGGUAACUUCAGUUUGAUUGAUUUAGUUACCGAUAGAAGUCUGGGUAAUUUGAAGUUCGAAGAUAAAGUUUAUCCAGUCAAGAAAGAAAAAGAAUCAGAGAUUAAAGAAGAAGAAGAAAAUGCUGAAGAAAAGGAGGAAAUCAAUAUUGAAGAAGAUAAUGAAGUACUUACACUUUUCCGAGAUUUAGGUGAUAAAAUGUCAGCAGGUGAUUUUUAUGAUCUCAUUAGAGAUUCCAAAUUAGACUAUAAUGAUAAAGUAUUGGAAACUAAACGUAAAGAAUUCGAUGAUUUGAAAAUUUAUGAAAAAGUUGAUCCUUUGGAUAUCAAAUUGAGUCAUCAUAGGAUAACUUCUAUUAAUUUUCAUAGUAACAUCAAGGAUAGAAUCAUAACGGCUGGGGAUACUAAUGGUGAUAUAGGUAUUUGGGCUGUUGAUUCUACCAAGAAAGAUGAAGAUGGUGAUGAAGAAGCUACAGUAUCAAUUUUGAAAACUCAUGGAAAAUCGAUAGCUAGGAUAUUAUCACCUUUCGAGACUCCUUCGAAAUUCUAUACUGCUUCAUAUGACGGAUCAGUACGCCAGAUGGAUCUUAAUAAGUUAACAUCAACUGAAGUGGUUUAUCUUCAUGAACCAAAUGAAUCAGAUGACUAUCCUUUGGGUGUUUCAGAUAUCAAUUUUUGUACUGAUAAUCCAAAUUUGUUAUAUAUGACCACGUUAUCAGGAAAUUUCUAUCAACACGAUAUCAGAACAGCUUUCAAAUCAAUCGAUACCAAAAAGUUUUUAAGAUUAUCUGAUAAGAAAAUCGGAUCAUUCACAAUAAAUCCCAACAAAUCACAUCAAAUAGCCACUGCAUCAUUAGAUAGAACAUUAAAAAUUUGGGAUUUAAGAAAUGUCAGUAAAUCGAAUGCUUCAUGGUCAGAAUUUGAAGAUCAAUUAAGUGCCCAUCCAUACGGAGCUUAUAAUUCAAGAUUAUCAGUAUCUUGUGUUGAUUGGAAUAUAGAAAAUAGAUUGGUAUGUAAUGGGUACGAUGAUAAUAUUUGUGUAUUCAAUUUAGAUGAUUAUAAACCUGGAGUACCUCCAGUGGUUGAAUGGGCCAAGGAUUAUCAACCGCCAUUCAAAAAUAAAGAAGAAGGAGUCGUUCCUAAUAAUAUCCAACCAUUUACUAAAAUAAGACAUAAUUGUCAAACUGGUAGAUGGAUAUCUAUUUUAAAAUCCAAAUGGCAAACAGCUCCUAAGGAUGGAGUUCAAAAGUUUGUCAUUGCCAAUAUGAAAAGAGGUAUUGAUAUUUAUGAUCAAAAAGGGCAAAUAAUUGCCCAUUUAACUGGACCUAAAGUUGGAGUUGUACCAGCAGUUACAGCAUUCCACCCUACAGAAAAUUGGGUCGUCGGAGGAAGCGCUAGUGGUAAGAUAUAUAUGUUUGAAUAG